GACGACGACGACGACGACGACGACUUUGGUGGUUUUGAGUCGGGGAAUAACGAAACCUCCAAGGCGGUUGCUACUGAGUCAGAGGCUGGACGAUCUUCUGCGCCAAUUACAAUGCCACCGUUAGAUUUACUUGCACUGGAAGACGAACCAGUCAACGGAUCACACGAGGAACAUUACAUCAGAACAUCAGCUCCGACACAAAGUCCCCCACAAAAGCGUCCUACCCCAAACUACGCAGACAUGGAAGACAACCCCUGGGACGACUUCGAACCCGCAGCACCCACGAGUCCCAUCAUACCCCCCAACAACCCCAUCCCAAAAGCAGAAGAAGCCCUCCCACCCCCAACCAACAUUCCCCCACCCGCAGUCCUCAUCUCCCUCUUCCCCUCCCUCAUGGCAGAAGCAGACGAAUCCCUCUUCACCGCCCUCGGCAAAAUGGAUCUCAAACAAAAGCAAAUGCUCCUCGCCCACCCCGCCAGCCAUCAAUUCCUCAAGGCAUAUCUGGGCCGGUGCACCGUGAUGGCGCACAUCAUCGCCGGGCGGAAAUCCCGGUGGAAGCGAGACAGGUUCCUUUCGCAGAGUAUGCGGAUUGGACCUGCGGCCGCGGGCGGGAAAGGCGGGAUGAAGUUGGCGGGGAUUGAUAAGGGGGAGGUGGCGAAAGAGGAUCGCGAAGUCGUGGAUGUGGUGCGAUUAUGGAGGAAUCAAGUCGGCAAGGUGCGCACGGCUGUCUCUGCUGCUUCCGCCGCCCCAGGCUUGCCGAAAUUGCCUGCUGUGCCGGAGAUUGUGGAGCAGAUGGCUGUAAGGGUGGUGAAGGCUGGUGAAGGGGGAAUCACUGCCUCACACGCCUGCGCGCUCUGCGGCCUGAAGAGAGAGGAGAGGGUAGCAAAAGUGGACGUCGAGGUGGAGGACAGUUUUGGAGAGUGGUGGGUGGACGGAUUGAACAUGCAUACGACUUGUCGAACCUUUUGGAGGCAGUUUGAGAAGAAGUUGAAGUCAAGAUGAGAUGAGCCAAAGUAAGACAAGCCCCCGAAUAGCGAAACACAAUUGAUCAAACGCCCCACCCCCCAAUAUCAGACAUCAUGCAUAGUCUUGAGUACUCAGUCUCGCUCGGGUUCCCCCCACCUAACGAUUGGCGUUCUCCUUGUUGAAGUCCGCAAGCACUCCCAGUGCGAGUUGAAUAGCUGGAAGGGUGUCGCUUUCAACCCGGUCGAUUGGGAGCAUCCUGAUGCAAGUUCUGAUGAAGAAUCUGGCGGACUUGUAUGGAAUCAGGUAGCCCAAGCCGUUGGCACAUAUCUCAUCGUGGAUAGCGAGCACUCUGAGCAUCGCGUUCUUGUCGUCCGUAGAAUCAGCAAGCCCGAAUGCCUCCACCAAGUGCAUCGCUUCCUCCUUGGAGAAGUUUUCAUCGUAG